GCUUAACUAGCAGUGCCCUCUUCCGAGGCCACAGGGAUUCUGGAGCUGGCUGCUCAGGACCUCUCCUGAGACCAAGAUCCUCCUGAACAGACUUGGCAGGUUUGAACAUGCACUGGCUGUGGAAACUCCAGGGACUCUGCCUCCAAUGGGGGACUUGGAUGCCCCGUCGCACGGUCCACAUUCGGACCAGGCAUCUGGCACCCCUGCAGUGGAGCCACCAGGAAGUUCCUGCCAAAUUUAACUUUGUCAGUGAUGUGUUGGAUCACUGGGCUGACAUGGAGAAGGCUGGUAAGCGACACCCUGGCCCAGCCCUGUGGUGGGUGAAUGGCAAUGGAGAUGAAGUCAAGUGGAACUUCCGCCAGUUGAGUGAACUCAGCCAGCAAGCAGCCAAUGUCCUCUCAAAGGUGUGCAGCCUGCAGCGUGGGGACCGUGUGGCAGUGGUGCUGUCCCGAGUGCCCGAGUGGUGGCUGGUGGUCCUUGGCUGCAUGCGAGCAGGCCUUGUCUUCCUGCCCGGGACCAUCCAGAUGAAACCCAAAGACAUUCUCUACAGGCUGCAGGUGUCUAAGGCCAGGGCCAUCGUGGCUGGGGACGAAGUGGCCCAGGCAGUGGACACUGUGGCACCUGACUGUCCAUCUCUGAAAACGAAGCUACUGGUGUCUGAGAAAAGCCAGGAUGGGUGGCUGGACUUCAAGACACUACUACGGGAAGCCUCGACCACUCAUUGCUGCGUGGAGACUGGAAGCCAGGAAUCAGCCGCGAUCUACUUCACCAGCGGGACCAGUGGCCUUCCCAAGAUGGCAGAACACUCCCACGCAAGCCUGGGGAUCAAGGCCAAGAUGGAUGCUGGAAAAUGGACAGACCUGCAAGCCACUGACAUAAUAUGGACGAUAUCAGACACAGGUUGGAUAGUGAACAUGCUCACCUCAUUCCUGGAACCUUGGACAUCAGGAGCAUGCACAUUUAUUCAUCACUUGCCAACAUUUGACCCACUGGUCAUUCUAAAGGUGCUGUCCAGCUAUCCAAUCAACAGCAUGGUAGGAGCACCCAUUGUUUACCGGAUGUUGCUACUACAGGAUCUUUCCAGUUACAAGUUUCCACAUCUAAAGUACUGCUUCACUGGAGGAGACACCCUCCUUCCAGACACUCUGGAGAACUGGAGGGCCCAGACAGGACUGGACCUCCGAGAAUUCUAUGGCCAGACAGAAACGGGACUGACUUGCAGAGUUUCCAAGACAAUGAAAAUCAAACCUGGCCACCUGGGAACCGCAAUACCCCAUUAUGAUGUGCAGGUCAUAGAUGACAAGGGCAAUGUCCUGCCUCCUGGUACAGAAGGAGAGUUGGGCGUCAGGGUCAAACCCAUCAGGCCUGUAGGCUUCUUCUCUGGCUAUGUGGACAAUCUUGAGAAGACAAUAGCCAACAUUAGAGGGGAUUUCUGGUUGAUGGGAGACCGGGGAAUCAAAGACCAAGAUGGAUAUUUCCAGUUCUUGGGGCGGGCAGAUGAUAUCAUUAACUCCAGUGGGUACCGGAUUGGGCCCUCGGAAGUGGAGAAUGCACUGAUGGAGCACCCGGCUGUGGUUGAGACAGCAGUGAUAAGCAGCCCGGAUCCCAUCCGAGGAGAGGUAGUGAAGGCAUUUGUGGUCCUGGAUCCACAGUUUUUGUCCCAUGACAUGGACCAGCUCACCAAGGAGCUGCAGCAGCACGUGAAGUUGGUGACAGCUCCAUAUAAGUACCCAAGGAAGAUAGAGUUCGUCUUGGACCUGCCUAAGACUGUCACGGGGAAAAUCCAGCGGGCAAAACUUCGAGACAAAGAAAGGAAGAGGUCUGAGCAAGCCAGGGCCCAGUGAGACCUGCAGGGGGGGUUCCUUUGGAUUCCUAUCCUUUUUCUCCUUUAAUUUCCCUUUGAAUCACCUGCUUUCCCUCUGGGGAUACGAGACUCUUUAUGACAAGACAUGAGCUGAUAUUUGUCUUUCCUUGGUUAUUAGUUCAAAAUCUUGCCAUGUUGGCUGUUGAAAAAAGAAAAAGAGGGGAGGAAAGAGGGAGGGGAAAAGAGAGGGAAACAGAGAGAAAGGAAAGAAAAAUGAAAAGAACAAUAGAAACAAA